GACGAUACUGCUGGGCCCAAUGGAAAACGAAGAUCACACUAGUUCAGUCGUAGAUGAAACCUCGCGCCGGGAUGUUAGUUUUAAACGCUGCCAUUUUACUUCUUCUCCAAGCUACCUGCAACGGCGAGCCAUCGAACAAAUUUGAAGUAACAUUGGGCUGUUUACAGUACAAUACCGAUCAUGGCUAUAACCACAGGCAUCCGUACUUCCCCACCAGCCGGUUCAGAAACGUGAAAACCACUAAGGACGACGUCAUGAUAAUGCGGAUGGGAAUUCUGGGGAACAACGAUGGACACGUCCGGCUUGCCCCGGUCAUGUACCCGUACAACAGUACCGAUAUGAAUGAAAUCGUACUUUCCGGCUGGGCAAACACAAAAAUCGAAGUCAGACGCUACACACGUACUGCCCCCAAUAGUACAAAGAACCUGAAAGUUCUGAAAGAACAAUCCAGCAUUGGAAUGUUGUCGCCUUUCGAACCCUUCAUGUUUACGAUAGCGGUACAUCCGAACGGACUGGUUCAGCUAACUAGAGACGAAGAUGCGUUCCCGUUUUUGGAAUUUCGUGACCCCCAGCUAUCGGCCAAGUACAUCGGAUUCAACAACUGGGAUGUUCCCUUGGUGUACUUCUACGAUUGCCCGUUGGAGGUGGACCGGAGAGUAUGUGAUGGCAUAGCGUUUUCGAAGAAAUGAGUUAGGGCUGGUGGGUGGAUGGAUGCAUGCUGCGAUAAAUAGUUGAUGUUCGUUAGGUGCCCAGUAGCGGUGGGAUAUUUACAUUGGUUUUCUUUUGCUUUUUCAGAACUCGUUUGCGCAGUUUUGGAAACGAUUAGAGUAUUUGUUGAAUAUCAGCUAAACUAAAGCUGUAAUCUGUUGUUUGAUCAAUAGUAAAUUGGUUGUUUGUAGGAGAUUUACAGUUUUGCGAUUAAUAUAUGAAUGUAUUGUUCAAUAAACGAUUUUCGUUUCCGCCAUUAAAUCUUCUAAGUGCUAA